UUAAAGUGAACUUUGACGAAUGACCGAUCACAACGUUACCAUCCUCCCGUGGCGACACCCGACCAGUCGAGAGCCGGAUCUGGACCUGAUCGAAGCGAGCGAGGACGAUCGAGAGACCUCUUCUUCAAUUUCCUUGAAACUCCUUCUUCUUUUUUAUUUUUCCUCUCCUUUCUCCUUUUCCUCGUCCACGUAAACGCGACCGCGCUUUCACCGGUGAACGAUGAGGGGAACCAUUCUCGUUUUCGUAGCUCUGCUCGUAGUUGUCUGUGCCACCGAGGUUAAUCACUGCGGCACCGGAGAGAAGUUCGAGGAUUCGAAUCAGGUUAGGAUAACCGGCUGCGACGUACCACCGUGCAAACUGAAACGUAGGACGAAGGCGUCGGUCGAGCAGAAGUUCGUCCCGAGCAAAGAUGUCGCGUCCUUGGUGAACUCUGUGAACGCCGCUGUUCUCGGCGUACCGUUGCCGUUCGUCGGCGUCGAUGGGACCAGCGCGUGCGAUAACAUUUACAAUCUGGACGGGACCCCGGCUGGUUGCUCGUUGAAGAAAGACGUCGAAUACUUGUACAAGCGGGAAUUUCCCGUGCUGCAGAUUUAUCCCACGGUAAAAACCAACUUUUCUCGUUUUCUCCGCCCCCGAUUUUAUUAUUUCUCUCACCGAAUCGUAUUCCUCAACGGUAUCGGACAGAUAAGCAUUAUCGUGACCAGUAAACCGAUUUUAAUAAAUCGGUUAUCGUGCACGAGCCGUGUCUAAGGUUAUUUCGCAAUG